UCUGGUUUCAGACGAUACAAUGAAUAAUCAUUAAUCAAGGUUAGAAUUCUCAGUGGUGGAGUGUAUAUCUCGAGAAGGAUGGAGUCGGAGUAUAACUCCGAGGAUAGUUUUAUGGAAUCCGUCCUGGAUCCAUCAGACUCAUAUAAUGAGGAUUCUAAUAUGGAAGAGGGAAUCUAUGGAGCAUUUCAGAUAGAGGAUGAAGAGGAUGUGGAGGUUGAUGACUCCGACCUCAGUUCAGGAGAUAUACCAGGAGGAGAGGACGCGGAGUGGAAACCAGAUCCAUCAGUUCCGGAGGGUUGGACUAUUAGAGAGUUCUUGACAAAGAACGGACAAAAGUUGGAACAUGUGAAAAGUCCUUCAGGAGUUUUCUUCCCAGGAAGACGAGCUGCCAUGGAGUGGAUGAAAGGGCAGGGGUUCUCUGACGACGACAUUGUGCAGAUGCAGAGCAGGUUAAAGAUUAGGUGGCUGGAGAACCAUCCCUCUGUUCCCCCCGGUUGGAAAACUAGAUCUACAAAAAUUAAAACAAAUAAUGGGAUCACAAAUAUGGAAUGGUUUCUCUCCCCUUCAGGCAAAAUGUUUCGAGGGAAGAAAGCCAUAUUAAAAGCAAUUAAGAAUGACCCUUCCAGCUUUGCUGAUGAGGAAAUCCGCAAAUUUAAAAGCGUGCCAGUACCUGUCAAGAAGUUCAGUGCCGAGUAUAACUGGAGAGAAGACGACCCAACAAUACCGCCAGGAUGGCGGAGUGCAAUCAUUAAUAUGAAUUCUUUUGGGAAAAUUGUUGAGAGCACUCGCUUUCUGGCUCCAGACGGCAGGUUUUGUACGAGCCGUGUUGAAGCUAUCAAGUACCUAAUGAAAGAAGAAGAAAUGAACCGGGAAGAAUUGCACACAAUGAGAGAAGGAUUAAUAUCUGACGGAUGGUUGAGUAGUCCGUUUUUACCUCAGGAUUGGUUUAUGAAACCUGACCGAUGUCGAGGAAAGAGAAAGGAAGCUCAUUACAACUAUUUGUCAGCAGAUAUGCAGCAUCAUAGAUCUACUAAAGCAGCAGUAGCAUUCCUGUCAGCAGAUCCUAGAUAUAAUCAGGAUGAUAUUGAUAAUCUGCUGAAGUUAACUAAGGAUGAAGGAAAGAAACUCCGUCCAGAUAAAUACGACUGGAUGGAAGGAAAUGAAUCUGUUCCUGAUGGUUGGAAGAUACGGGUUGUGCAUUGCACUAACGGGUUGGAUCGAGAAUUCUUUCUUUCUCCGGACGGGAGCAGUUUCUCAGGACGAAAGCAGGCACUUGAAUAUCUAAAGACUGGUGGAGGGAGUCCGGACGAUAUUCGGAGGAUGGAGAGUGGUUGUAAAAUUGUUUGGACAGAGGAGGAUCCUACCCUGCCUCCGGGUUGGAAAACUAGAUCCUCCGAGAUCAACACGAGGACCGGGAAGGUUCCUAUGCAAUGGUUUCUCAGCCCUGAUGGGAAAAUGUACCGAGGACGGAAAUCAGCUCUAGAGGAGAUUCAGAGCAGUGGUCAAUACUCUACCCUAGAGAUACGCAGGUUCAAGUUCGUUAUCCCGGAGAAUAAGAAGACGAACUAUACCUGGGGCGAGGAUACAUCAGUUCCUCCAGGUUGGUUAACUACUGUCAUCACGAUGAAUAGUUUUGGAAAGCUGGUUCAGAGUAAACGAUUUAUGGCUCCAGACGGGAGAUUUUGCUCCAGUAGGGAUGAAGCAAUAAAGUAUAUGGUCAAGGAAGGACUUUAUACGGACGAAGAGAUAGAAAUUAUGGAAGGAGGGUAUGAAGAGGAUAUGGAACAGAUGGAUGUCAAGAUGGAGGGAUGGGGGAUGGAUGGAGAGGACGGAUCAGCAAAACGGAAAUAUGUUCCGGAAUCUAAGGAAAUUACGAAAAAGAUCAAAAAGGAGGACGAAGACAUUAAAGAGGAAGCUAUGAGCGACUAUGAUGAAGAUUCAGAAACUUGUUUCAAGAUUGAAAAGAAUGAUGAAGAUGAUGAUGAUCAGGAUAUGGAGUUUGUUCCAAAACUCCGGAUUAGAAAGACUUCAAGCAGAAAAUCCACUCCAACCAAGACAGGACGCAAAAAUUCUCGGGCAUCUUUGUCAGACUCCAAGGAUGGACCGGCGAUGGCCAAGGACGAAGGUUGGGUUGACGAUGAUACAUCAGUCCCUGAAGGUUGGAAAACUAAAGAGUACACAAACAAAGGUGGACAGAACGUAAAACACAUUACAUCUCCCACUGGGAUUUUCUUUGCAGGACGUAAAGCUGCUCUGGAGCACAUGGAGUCGUCUAACGAGUACUCUGUUGAGGAUAUGGAGCUGAUGCAGAGCGGGCUUAAGGUGUUCUGGGGUGAGGAUGAUCCCACAAUGCCGGAAGGCUGGAAGACGAGGAUUACAGAUAUUAAAACUAAAGCAGGUAUCACACAAAUGCAAUGGUUUAGAUCUCCAGAAGGAAAAAUAUUCCGAGGACGGAAAUCUGCUCUCAAGUUUCUCGAAUCAAGUCAGGAUUAUUCUAACGAAGAUAUUCGAAACUUCAAGAGUAAACCUGCUGCAGAGAAAAAGUUCAGUAAGGAAUAUGAUUGGUUGGAAGAUGAUCCCAAUAUUCCUCCAGGUUGGAAGUCUACUGUGAUACAGAUGAACUCAUUUGGUAAAAUCGUCCCAAGUAUGCGAUUCCUAGCUCCGGACGGACGUUAUUGCUCCAACAGGAUUGAUGCUCUCAAGUAUAUGGCUAGGGAAGGAAUAUUUACAGCUGAAGAUAUAGAAAUCAUGAAGGGUGGUUUGAUCAUGGAUGGCUGGAGACAAGAUGAUAAGUUGCCGAAUAAUUGGUUUAUGAAACCUAGAAAGGAUAAGAUCAAUGAAGCUACAGCUAGCUACCAUUAUCUAGCAGACACGUUCCAGCAAUUUGAUUCAACUAAAUCCGCGGUAAAAUACAUGCUAACCAGACCGGACCAGUACCAUCCUCAGGAUGUGGCCAAGCUGGAGAUGAAAGUGAAUGCUGAGGCUAAAAAGUUGUGCCCGGACAAAUAUGAUUGGUUGGAGUGUAAGGAUACUCUACCUAAGGGUUGGAAGUAUAGAACGGUUGUGUGCACUAAUGGAUUAGAACGACAUUUCUUCCUUGCUCCAGAUGGCAGUAGUUACUCCGGUAGAAAGCAAGCUGUGGAGUACAUGAAGAAAGGGGAGUUCACACCGGAAGAUAUUAAAAAAAUGGAAAGCGGGUUUAAAAUUAAAUGGGUCGACAAUGAUCCUGACCUACCGGCAGGUUGGAAAUGUAGAACGACUGACAUGAAAACUAAAAAUGGAGUUAUUCCCAUGCAGUGGUAUAUGUCUCCGGAGGGUAAAAUGUUCCGUGGCAAGAAAUCCGCCAUGGAGUUCAUCAGCAACUGUGGAAUGUACUCCAAGGAUGAAAUCUGUAAGUUCCGCUGCUCUGGAGAUACUCCAACUAAGACACAGUAUGAUUGGAAUGAAAAUGAUCCGUCUGUUCCUGACGGAUGGAAGACAACAAUGAUAACUGUCAACUCCUUUGGAAAGAUUGUAAAGAGUAAACGGUAUCUCUCACCAGACGGAAGAUUUUGUUCCUCAAGAAUAGAUUCCUUGAAGUAUAUGGCAAAAGUUAACAUAUUUCCUAACGAUGCUGUCGAGAAGAUGAAGAACGGAUUGCUUCUGGAAGGUUGGGAAAUAGAACCAAUGCUACCAGAUGGAUGGUUGCUUAAACCAGACAAACACAAGGAGGAGGAAGCAACCUUUAAUUAUCUAACUCCAGACUAUCAGUUCCUCCGGUCUACUAGAGCAGCACAGAACUUGAUGCACAACUCUCCGCUAUACUCCGAGGAGGAUGUUAGUAAGCUCGGUACUCUUAUAGCAGAGGAAAGAAGGAAGAUUAGGAUGGAUAAAUAUGGAGGAACAAAACAAUCUACUCUUCCAACUGGAUGGAAACUAUCCGCAGCGGAAGGGAACAGUUGUAUAGUUGCUCCGGAUGGUUCUAGGUUCGAGACUCGAUUACAGGCAUUGAUACAUUUGAUUAAAGACGGGUGUGAUAAAACUGUGAUAGAAGAGAUGAGAAAGAACUUGAAGCACGAGGGUUGGGAGGAUAACAGUAUCCUACCAAAAGGAUGGAAAAUGCUCAAGGUCGAGAAUGAAAGUGAUAUGGUGUUCCUCUCAGAAGCUGGAGAAGUUUUUGAAACCUUGGAGUCUGUCCUUGAAGAAAUGGAGAACAAUAGCGCGUAUAAAGAGACCGAGUUGGAAAAUAUUCGUGCAUUGUAUGAGAACCAAACCAAAGCAAUUAAACAGAACUCCACCAAGUAUGAAUGGACAGAAGAUGACCCAACAGUACCAACUGGAUGGAAAACAAGAACUGUUGAUGGCAAGGUUCGGAAGAAGUUUUAUCUAUCUCCAGAUUCCAGUGUAUUCGCUUGUAGGAGAUCAUGUCUCCAACACAUGAUAAAAGAAAAUUUCUCCGAGCCUGAAAUUGAAGAAAUGCGGGAAAUGUUAAGUCACGAAGGUUGGAGCAAAGUUGAAUUUCUUCCGGAAAAAUGGUUAAUUCGGAAAAGUGAGGGAAGCACUAAUGGCAUUUAUGACGUAGACUUCUGGAUCCUGAACAACAAAGCAGUUGUUUUCAGAUCUACCAAGGCUGCUACAGAGUUUAUGGCAGCUAGUGAAGAGUACACUCAAGAAGAUAUUGAUAAAAUCAUAUCCAACCUGGAGACAGAAAGAAAAAAAGCUAGACAGUUGAAAUACGAUUGGUUGGAUGGAGAUGAGACUGUGCCUGCUGGGUGGAAAGUAAGGUUUGUGGAGGGAAAAACAAAAAAAACCUUUUUUCUCUCCGAGGACGGCUGCCAAUUUGCCUGCCGGAGGUCCGGCCUCCAGCAUAUGAUCAACGAGAACGCCCCGGCCGAGGCUAUAGAGAGCAUGCGAGAAAAGUUGAGAUUUGAGGGUUGGGAGAACGACGAUCAUCUUCCGGAGGGUUGGAAGGUUCGGAAAAGUGAAGGAAGUACAAACGGGAUGUUUGAUGUAAACUAUUAUUACUUGUCUAAAGAGGGCAUUAUGUUUCAUUCAACUAAAGCUGUGAUAAGUUAUAUGACCAAUAGUCCACUUUACUCUCAAGAGGAUAUAGCUAGGAUUAAAACGAGACUAGAGGUUGAAACUAGGAAAAAUCGACCUCAGAAAUAUGAUUGGCUGGAGGAUGAAAACCUUCCGCCGGGUUGGAAGUAUAGAACAAUCAUAAAAGCUGGAAUCAGGACGGAUUAUGUAAUCACAGAGACCGGAGCACAGUUUCAGAGUAGGCGAGCAGCAAUAGAGUACAUGAUCAAGGAGGAUUAUGAACCACAAACAAUCUUCAGGAUGUGGAGCACUCUAGAAACUGAAGGAUGGGUUACUGACAACGACCGUCUACCCAAGGGUUGGAGGGUUCGCUCCAAGGAAAGACUCAAGGAUAACUGGCAAUUCUACUUUCUUUCUCCUCAGAUGGAAAUCUUCAAGUCUAACAAGGCUGUGCUCGACUUUAUCAGUGCACAGAAGGAUACUUACACGGAAGACGAUUUCCAUAGAGUCAAGUUAUGGAUUGAGGAGGAGCAGAGAUCUAGGAGAGAGGAAAACUAUACCUGGGACGAGGAACCCAACCUUCCUCCGGGUUGGAAGGUUCGCAGUGUAAUCACUAACAGUAAGAAUAUCCGGGAGUUCUUCCUUACUCCGGAAGGAGAUCAGAUUGCAGGAAGGAAGAAGGCCAUAGAAGUCAUGCAGAGCCAAGGCGCCUCCAAAUCUAUUAUUGAUGCUCAAACAAAGAAAAUGAAACAGGUGUCGUUCAGAAAUCAAAACAAGCGACCUGAAGACCUAGUCCAGGAACCAGAUGUUGAAACCUUGAUAUCUGAAACUCAAAAUUACUUCUCAUCUGACGACGAGACCGAGAUGGAGGACAUGAGAAUGUUUGAGAACGAUGACGGGAGCAAUCACAUUGAUCUUGGCGGUCUUGAACCUGAGUUUGAACCUGUAGAGAUCACUGCUGUUGAUUAUGAUGAAGAUAUUGAUGAUGUUGAUGUUGAUGAAGAUGAUGAGUUUAAUGAUGUUGAGGAGAUUACAGAUGAAUCAUAUUCACAAGAUAUUUCAGGGGUUGUUCAAUCAGAGAAUAUUAAAGUGGAACCUGAUAUAAAUCUAAUCAUGAGCUCUAGAAUCUAGAUGAAAAAGCCUAAACCAUUUUGAUAUUAAGAAAUUGAUCUUAAUACGAGCUGGAUAAUAUUAAAUCUACCUGAUAUUAAAAGUCUGAUAAAGAUAAAUAUAUCUUCUCAAAUUUUAAUGAAAAAAAUUGUAAAUUUUGAUCUGAUGUUGAUUAUUUCUAUACGUCAUUGUGUAUACGCUGCAACAUUAUAAAACCAUAUUGGUUAACAAUUAAAAUAAAUGUUUAUGAUUUUCAUUAUUCUCAAUUCCACAAAAAAACUGUCAAAAAACCUGAUUCAUAAUAACGACAAUAAAAAAAUGAGCAAAAUCUUUAUAUUUAUUAAACAAUAUUCUCAGUAUACAAAUGUUGUCAAGUAAAUUGUAUAAAAUGUAUAAAAAUAGUUAAGUAAUUUUUGUGAUUAGUUAACAAUUUCCUAAAAAUUCUGGUCAUUAUCUUAAUAAAUGUUUUCGUUAUAAAAA